AUGAAGUUUUGUUACUUUCCGUCGAAUGAGAAGACUCCGACCAGAUCUAUGAUUCGUCUUCUGGUUUUCGGCUGCUCAACGUCUCCGAUGUCUCCGAUGUCUGUGUGGAAGAGAUCCGGUGAGCUUUUGAGGACAAGCUCGUCUCGCUCUUCCCUCAUACCGGAGCCGCCGCCUGGGUGCAAGCCGAAUCCUCCACCAGAACCGCCAGAUCCACCGGAUCUCUGGCCGGUUGUUUCUUCUCUCGUUCACCUUCAAGCUCUUAGUAACCCUCCGCCUCCGACUAGUUUAUGCGCUCUUCCUCUGCCAUAUCCUAAGCACAAGUCGAUAGAGUUUGUCCUAGUUCUAACUUUCUCAGGCAUGGAGUUAGAGGUAGCCGGCUGCCAUGUUUGCUUCAAAUUUCAAUUCUCCGGCGACAAUCCUCCUCCAACUGACCGAAGUAGCUUGACCAUCUCGGGAUUUCCAGUCACAACACAAAGAACCGUUUCUUCUCCUCUGUCGGCCCUUGAUGGCGACAAAACCUCUUCCGCUGUGGUAUCUUUGUUUCACUCUGGAGAGACACCGCCGAGAUCCAACUCCGCGUUUUCCCCUCAUUCAUGUCUCAGUGGCGGCUGUCCACAACAUCCCUUCACUGCCGUGCUUCCAUGGGCCAAGUUCGUCCAUUUCUCCGAUGUCCUUCCCGGAGUUGAGUUGCAACACUGCAAUCUCCGAGCUCCGCUCAUCUCCCGCUCAAGCUUCACCGUUUUUCUGCGUUUGUGUAGCGGUCGACACGUUAUCAUGCAAUUCAAUGUCUCAUCUACCGGACCAUCAGCCGGGUUUUCAUCGGUCCUUACCGAUUUGGGUUCUGGAAUAUUGCUAAUCAGGCGCAUCUCCAAGCUCUUCUUCGCGGUUCUAGAGUAUUACCAACUCACCGGUGUAUCUCUGAAUUCGCUUCUCUCCUUUAUGGAGAUCGACUCUAAACGCUCAACACGAGCUAUUCGUCUUGUUCGCUUGCUUUCAACAGCACAAGAACUUAAGAUUGUUUUCAAAACGAUCAUAGGAGCCCUUUUGAAGAAGCUUCUAGUUUUUAUCUUUGAUCAAAACUGUAUAACCUAUCCUUUUAUUGCUUUGUAUUUCAUUUCUGCAUCAAGCUGCUUCUACUCCUUGGCAAAGGGUUCUCAGCUUUCUACUCUUGUAAUUGCAAUUUAA